CUCUUCUGCACAUUCAGGCAAAAAGUUUAUCAUGUCAACAUCUCGGGCCAAUGAAUCCUAGAUUAGCUUUACAUACUUCAUCUUUUUUUCAACAGCCACUUUUCUAUUGGGAUUUCUGCCCCCAGAGAAUUGCUUCCUUUAAACACUUCUGAAAUCAGGGAAACGAUCCGCACCGAAGCAUUAAGACGCUGAUGCUGAGCCCCAUUCUAAUCCGUCUUCCUGUGUCUCUCAUAUGCACACAGUUCAUCAUCACUUUUCUCUUUUGUCAAGACAUCACCUUGCUACUGACCUUGCUCACCCACCCUCUGUGAUGGAAGAGAAAACAGCUUACGAGGGGUCAUCUUGGCUGUGAGCACUAGGAAAAGACCAGAGUUGACUAUCCAUCCAUGCCUUAUGCCAAUUCUUCAGCUGUGCGGGAGUUCUACCUGGUGGGCUUCCCCACAGAACCUUCCACGCAGUUGCUUCUCUUCUUCCUGGUGUUGACCAACUACCUCAUCACACUCUCAGGGAACACGGUCAUCAUCUGCAUCACUCUGUCUGACCAUCGCCUGCAGAGCCCCAUGUACUUCUUCCUCCGCAAUUUCUCCUUUGCAGAAAUUUGGUUCACGACGGUGACGGUGCCUAAGCUUUUGGCCGGGUUCCUCUGGGGAAGCCACACCAUCUCCUUCGCUGGUUGCAUGACUCAAUGUUACUUCUACUUUCUCCUCGGGGCUACUGAGUUCUUGCUUUUAGGAGUCAUGUCCUUUGACCGCUAUCAAGCCGUGUGCAACCCCUUGCGCUACCCAGCACUGAUGACCAGGAAGUUCUGCCUUAAGCUGGUCUGUGGGACAUGGGUAGCAGCCUUCUUCACUAUUCUUGGCCCGCUCAUCAUGGUCACUGGUCUACCCUACUGUGACUCCAACGUCAUCAACCAUUUCUUCUGCGACCGCACGCCCUUGGUGAACCUGGCUUGCACUGACACCGAAUGGGUGGAGACCAUCAACUUGGUUCUGGCUGGGGGGCUCAUCCUCGGAUCCUUGGUUCUGACUGUCAUCUCCUAUUGUUUGAUCACCCUGGCUGUUCUGAGGAUCCCCUCCGUGCAAGGUCGAAGCAAGGCCUUCUCCACUUGCGCCUCCCACAUGGUUGUGGUCACCAUCGUCUACGGCAGCCACAUCUUCAUGCAUGUCCGCACCACACACACCUAUACCGAAAAGGUGGACAAAGUGGUGGCUCUUUUGACUAGUGUGGUGGCCCCAUCACUCAACCCCUUCAUCUACACCCUGCGGAAUGAGAAGGUCAAGGAAGCCCUUCGAGAUGCUGCAAGGAAGAGAGGACUGUUCCUCAAGGAAGAAGUAAAGGAAAAGACUGGGAAGAACUUUCACAAAAUUGUGGCGGGUGAGAUGUGAAGCUGCUGGUGUGACCAGAUGUAGGUCUUGGGGGUCCUGCUACAUUUCCACAGGGAAGGACAGGAGCUCCUUCACUGAGUACCUUCAAGGCAAUGUUGGACUAAUUUCUAUUUAUGAAACAAGUAUAUUCUUCUUUCUUCCCCAGAGCAAGAUGAUUUACUCAAUGUAACCCAA